AUGUUGAGAGUGCUACAAAGUAGACAUCCAAAGUUGAUGUUGAAGCGAAAUGGAAUUUGUCAAAGAUCAUACGCUAAUAAGGAGGUAGUGUCUUCGGCGGAUGUUGUAAUAGUUGGUGGCGGUGUAGCUGGAUGCAAUAUAUUAUACCAGCUGUCAAAAAGGGGAGUGAAUGCCGUACUGCUGGAGCGAGCGAAGAUAACAAGCGGUACAACGUGGCAUACAGCUGGUCUCGUAUGGUCCCUACGGCCCAGUGAUUUGGAGAUAAAGCUGUUAAAAGAUUCGCGAAACGUGUACCAGAGUCUGGAAGGAGAAACCGGCGAAUACGCUGGAUGGAUCAACAAUGGAGGGCUUUUUAUUUCUAGAAGUAAGGCCCGUACACAAGAAUAUCUUCGUUUGCACACCUUGGGAAAAGCAUUUGGCAUCAAGAGUGAAAUCCUUGAACCAAAAGAAGCCCAGAAGUUGUUUCCACUUCUCGACACUUCUGUAUUUGAAAUGGGUCUUUAUUCCCCUGAAGAUGGCACUAUUGAUCCUACAAUGGUGUGCAAUGUGCUACUUAAAGCGGCUAAGGCGAACGGAGGAAAGGUGUAUGAAGAAUGCCCCGUCCAUGACAUCUUCUAUAAACACAACUUAUUGGGAAAUAAGGAAGUCACUGGUGUUCAUACGGAAAAUGGAUUCAUUAAAACGAAAUGCGUUGUCAAUUGUGGAGGAGCGUGGGGUCCUCGUAUUGCGAGGUUCGCUGGAAUACCAGCAUUGCCUCUCAUUCCAUUUAAGCACGCGUACGUGGUAUCAGAAAGUAUACCAGAAAUUCGAAACGCACCCAAUGUAAGAGACCACGAUGUCGCUUUGUAUAUCAAAGUACAGGGGGAGACCUGCCAAAUCGGUGGAUAUGAAAGCAAUCCUUUAAUAAUGGAUCAACUUCCCGAUAACCUACAAUUUCACCUCUACGACCUAAACUGGGAUAUAUUCAAUGUGCAUAUGCAAAGUGCAGCUUCCCUUUGCCCAAAAUUGGCAACCAUUGGGAUCAAGAGUACAGUCUGUGGACCGGAGUCAUUCACACCUGACCACAAACCUGUAAUUGGGGAAGAUCCUAAUGUUUAUGGUCUAUACCACAACUGCGGUUAUAAUUCAGCUGGUAUGAUGUUCUCUGCUGGAUGUGCUAUACAAUUAGCCGAAUGGAUUGUUAAGGGAAGACCAAAUUACAACAUGUUUGCCUUUGACAUACGCCGUUUUACACCCGCGCAAAUGUCCCGAGCGCAUUGGGCUCGCGAGAGUAGCUUCGAAGCAUAUGUGAAGAACUACUCAAUCGUCUUUCCCAAUGAUGAGUUCCUAGCUGGAAGGGACUCCAGUCAUGAUGCCUUACAUCAAGAGCUGGUGGAAGAUGGGGCAAUCAUGCAGUCUAGGGCUGGUUGGGAGAGACCAGCUUUCUUUUUACAGGGAGAAAAGGUCAGAGUGCAGCAAUACGAUUGGGGUGGUGCUCACGACUUCCCACGAAAUGUGGACCAGAAGUAUGAAGAAAUUCUGAAAGGAGAAUACACGUUUGGAUUCUCCAAAUAUCAUGACGUAAUCGGUAAAGAAGCCCAUGCGUGUCGCAAUGCAGCAGCACUGUUCAAUUUAUCAUACUAUGGUAAAUUUUAUUUGACCGGACCAGACGCUGAACGAACGGCUGGUUUGGCAUUCACCGCUAAGAUGAAGAAUGACAACAGGGUAAUGUACUCUUUAAUGUUAAACGAGAAAGGCGGUGUCGAGGCGGACUUGACCGUGUGUGUGAUUGACGGAGGGAGCGGACAAUUGCACGAACCAAUUUUCAAAGGUCGUGGAUACUAUGUAGUAACUAGCGGGUUUAGUGCGAACCACACACUCGCACAUUUACGACGAGUCAUCCAGAAAUACAAAUUGCGAGCUACCAUCACAGAUGUCACUAAACAAAUUUGUAUUUUGGGUAUACAGGGUCCUCACAGCCAACGUAUUCUUCAACGCUACACAAACUCGGGGCUUUCAAACGAUGCGUUCCCAGUUAACACCCACCGCAGUCUCCACGUAACAAAAGCACCUUAUUCUUCUGAGAAUAAGAGCUACACUUGCAGAGCAUUGCGUGUUACGUGGUCAGGUGAAUUGGGUUGGGAGUUACAUAUACCGUCGUCGAAUGCUAUACAAGUUUAUAGGGCCUUAAGAACAGCGUCUGGUCUUACUAAUGGCGGAUGGCGAGCGCUUACUUCACUUAGUAUGGAAAAAGGCUACCAUUUAUGGAACACAGAUCUACGGACAGAUGAUAACCCUGUGGAAGCUAAUCUUGCCUUCACUUGUCGCAAGAAUGGGGAUUACAUCGGCAACGAAUUUGUCACAAAAGCAAAAGUUGAGGGAGUCACUAAGAAAUACGCUUACUUUACUCUUGAUGAGAAGAUUCCGAUAUACGGUCAAGAAGCAAUAUACAGAAAUGGAGAGGUGGUAGGCUACUUGAGAAGAGGAGAUUACGCAUUCCACUUAGACAAACCCAUUGGCGUUGGUUACGUUACGAAUAAAGGAAAUAAAGUAACAUUAGAUUAUUUAAGCGAAGGUAUAUACGAAAUAGAAGUUAUGGGAAAGCGGUAUAAAGCAGCUUGUUACCCAAAAUCACCAUUUGAUCCAACAGGACAGAGAUUGCUAGGAAACUAUGGAGAUAUGGGAAUGGAUGAGAAUAUAUAUGAACCUCACGCGGGGCAAAAUGAAAGAGCUGGUGGUGUAGAAUAA